UUAAAUUCUUUAGAAAAAAUAAAUGCUAACUGUGGAUGAAAAACUCAGAAGUCUGCUGUCGGCCCUCUUUGCGAAAAACCUAGGGCGUGUUUUACAAUUUACAGUCGUAUAACCGAACGGCGUAAAACUCCAUUGCCGAACAUCGUCGGAGGUAAAAUCCACAACUUCCAUCUUUUCAAAGGGGUAACCAUUGAAUAUCAUCUAAAGAACUUUUAGCUCUAAAAGAAGUAGAAAUCAUCCUACAUCAAUGGCAGUAAGCGGUUCUACAUCUGAUUCUUUUCUAAUUGACCCUUUAAACUGAAACUUUCUUAUUGUUUCCUUUCCUUGUUUAUUAUUUCUGUGUUGCCAAUUUGAUGAAUUUGGAUAAUUAGGUAUGCUUUCAAUUUGAAACUUUACUGUCUUAAUAUUAUAAAGAUUUGAAAACUGAAACAAAGAACAGGAUUUCGAGGUAUGGGUGAUAGUCGUAAUAUGAAUUACCCUUCAAGAUUAGCACAAUCUAUGUUAAAAUCUCAACACCCAGAAAAAUUGCUGCAUGAAAAUCAAGGGAUUAAAUUCCCAACAUACCAUGAUCUUCCUUAUGUCACUCCUAGAACUAGAAUACUAUGUGAUAUAGUUUAUAAUACCCAAAAUUCGGAUAUUGAAGCUGCUUUGAAUAGCAGUGGAAUCACUCCUAGUUGUGAGCUCGUGGAGGAGGUCCUUAAGCUGUCUUAUGGCAGCCCUAAUGGGGCUGUGAGUUUCUUUAGGUGGGCUGGGUUGACCUAUAAACCGUCCGUCUCGGUUUAUUCGUGGAAUUUAAUGGUUGAUUUGCUAGGGAAGAACAAGAUGUUUGACCAAUUGUGGGCUGCUAUACGUUCUAUGAAAGAGGAGGGGUUGCUAUCCCUUGCUACAUUUGUGUCUGUUUUUGGGAGCUAUUGUACAGCAGGGAAGUUUGAGGAUGCGAUAAUGACAUUUGAGACGAUGCAUAAGUAUGGGAUUGAGCCUGAUGUGGUUGCUGUGAACUCUUUGUUGAGUGCUAUGUGUAGGGAGAAGGAUCAAACCAAAAGGGCUUACAAUUUUUUUGAUAGAAUGAAGCUGAAGAUUCCACCUGAUGGGGAUACCUUUGCUAUUUUGUUAGAGGGUUGGGAGAAAGAGAGGAAUGUAUCGAAGGCUAAGACGACUUUUGGGGAGAUGGUGGUUCGUGUUGGUUGGGAUGUGAAGAACAUGGCUGCUUACACUGCUUUCUUGAUGACUCUUGUUCGUGGAUCACAGGUUGAUGAGGCUGUCAAAUUUUUCCAACUUAUGAAGGGCAAAGGCUGUUUACCAGGUUUGAAAUUCUUUACCAAUGCUCUUGAUAUUCUUGUUAAGAAGAAUGAUUCAACCCAGGCUGUACCUUUGUGGGAUUCCAUGGUGGGGAGUGGCAUAAUGCCUAAUUUGAUUACAUUCAAUGCAAUGAUUGGCCUGCUCUGCAACAACAAUGACAUAGAGAAUGCAUUCCGGUUUCUUGACGAUAUGCCAUUCUAUGGAGUCUUCCCUGACUCACAAACCUAUAAUAUGAUUUUUGAAUGUUUGAUAAACAACAAGAAGGUUCGUGAAGUGGCCAGCUUUUUCAGAGAGAUGACAAAGAAUGAAUUUCCCCCUACACUGGCUAAUUGUGCUGCAGCUAUCGAGAUGCUGUUUGAACGGGAUGAUCCAGAGACAGGAAUUGAGAUUUGGAAUUCUGUGCUUGUCAAUAGAGUCAUGCCUAUUGAUGAUUGUGCAAAUAUACUCCUCUUGGGGCUGUGUACGUUGGGUCGUUUCUCUGAGUUGAAGAGGUUUGCAUAUGAUAUGCUAGAUCAGAGGAUCAUUAUCUAUGAAGUCACAAUGCGGAGGUUGCAAAAAGCCUUAUAUAAAGAGGGCCGGAGUGCAAGAGACAUUUUUGACAGCCUUGAGAGGAGGUGGAAAGCUUCACUUGCUUAGAGAGGCCUCGUUCUUUUGUUUCUUUCUCUUUGUCUCUGACUCUUCCUGUCUGUCUAUUGUUCUGUUAUACUAUUGAGUAGCGUUUGAACUGUUACUCUAUAUUCUCUGCAGUUGCAUAAUGGAAAACCAUAUUUAAUAAUAUAAGGCUCUGUCUUUUGUUUCGUUCUCGGAAAACUCAUGUUUUGGACGUGUUUGUCUUAUCAUCACUUCUACUUCCGUUCAUUCAUGGAUUUUAAGAGCCAAACCUUUUCCUUUUGCUUCUUGGUCCUGCCUCUCAUUUAAAUGAUAUUGUCUUAAGUAUACCUUUACAUAAUGACAACUGAUUUUCUCUGUUGAUUCUGUAAUCACACUUUUCAGAAGAAAGUUUGUUAUAUACUCUUCUUGUUUCCAGUUCAGUUUUCAGAUUCUGGAUUGGACUCUUGGCUCUUAGUCCUUUAGAAUUUAUUCUUUGUAGUGGUCAGUCUCUUCUGAAUUUUGGAAUCUCCUGCUCACAACUGACCUCCAUGCAAUCUUUGUGAAGGAUAAAGAUUUCUUUUUGUGCAAUUCUACAUCUGUUCGCUUAGGAUUUGGACACUUGGCUCUCAAUUUCAUCAUCUCAAGUCCGGAAGCAGCUUCAGAUGAGGUUUAGUUUGUGCAUGAAAUUUACUGAAGAUCCUGAAGUUUGGAAUGCUGCCAUAUUUUUAGAUGGCAGUUUCAAGUUUGAACUGAUGCUUGGCUAAGGACUCAUUUGUUGAUGAAUCAAUUCAGAGAUGCUGCGUUAGCUUGAUUGAACAAUUGGUUUAUCCCUGUCAAUUGAAGCGACCUAACUUCCAUUUAGAUAUCUGGAAGUUUCUAGUGUACAAUUUGCAGGUUUGAUUUUUUGCUAGAUAUGAAGAAAGUUAGAUUGCCAAUCUGGCACUGUGACGGACAAUGGCUGAUACUGAUUGAAAAGCCUGCUGAAUGCGUUACAUGAGACCUUCAUUGGAGGGAAAAAGCGAAAAACUACUCUGUAAUUACUUACUUUGAAAACUGCAUCAAAGAGACAUGAAACCACUUACGUUUCAUUUAGCUUCUGUUAGGUGGAGGCACAUUAUUUUUGCGUUCCAUUCAAAGCCUUUGUUAGAUCAAGCUCUAAACCGAACAAGGAUGAAGUUUUGCUGUACUACUUGCAGUUCUCAAUACACUAUUAAUUCUUCAGUUCUAAACCGCUGAAGUUGCUGAGGCAUAUGACAGUGAAGGAAGCACUGAUAAGGAACGGGUAAUUUUCCAUUGUUAAAAUUUCUAAAACUGAUUUUUGAAUACAAGCUUUCAGUUUGUAGUCAUUCGUCAGCGCCGCUCGUAAUGGUGAAGGAUUGUUGUGUGUGGUUAUGUCAACUUGUCUUUGAGGCUUGAGCUUUGUCUGGGUACUAACUUUGUGAUCCAUUUCCAGAGAGAAGACGGUACGGAAUUUCAAUAUUGGGUCGAGGGAUAGGAAUAAGUUGGGGUCGAGGGAUAAGGAUAUAUGUGGAUGAUCGUUAAAAUUGAUUUUCACAGUUGUAGAUUAAUACUAAAGACGGGUAACCAUUAACGCACGAGUUUCUCCUUGUAGCACGUUAUUUGAUGGCGUGUCCCACAGGAAGCUGUGAGGAAUCGAGAAACCGUCUGCUGCUGUUACUCUGUGUAAUUUUUAACUGUUUGUCGCACCUUAAGCUGUAUGGUUUAUCAGCUCGUCUUAUUGGUUAUUUGGUUGACAUAAGUAUUGGAAUCUGAUUGAUCUCUGUCGUCAGCUAGCAGUUUUUUUUCUUGCACUGGGAUUAGCAUGAUGAGACUUCUCAUGACGAACUGGUUGCAAUUCGGCAAUAUAGUUGUACUGUAUUUUGUUGCCUUCAUCAUUAUCAGGGUUGUUAAAUGGAUCGGAUAUGAUCUGGGUUGGGUAAGCAAAUAUGGGUCGGGUUGGAUAAGGGUUCUUUUAUAUGGGCUUUAGGUCUAACCCGGCCCUUUUUUAUUCCUCAAACUUAUUAUAAUCCCCAUUCAACAAUUUAUAAUAAUUAAAUUAUUGUUUAUAAUAAUUAAAUUGUAGCAAUGUUAUAAUUCCUAUUGAGAGCAUGAGCAAUGGUGAUCUAAUUUUAGAUCACAUCACAUGACCAAACUAGAGUAAAUUUACUCUUAUUGGUAAUCUUAAUUGAGGUGGGUUGGCAAAAGGUUGGAAAAAAGAGUCAUCGUGUGACCCGUGAAAUAGAACGGUCACCAAUUUUUUUUCAACAUUUCUGCCACGUGUCACGCAUCCAUUGGCAAAAAAAAAAUCAGAAAAAACAAGAAACUGAUAGCCCCUGCAUCCCUUUCCACGUGUCGCGUGGUCAUUGGGCAAAAAAAUACCCGUUUUUUGCCUUUAACGACUAUUUUCGUAUUUAAAUAAUUUUUUUAAAAAAAUUAUAUCAACGGUCAUAUUUUUUCGAGAUCUAUAAAAUGAGACCCAUAUUGAUAUUUUUUGACAUAAUUUUAUUUUUACAUAUUUUGUUCUUAUUUUCCUACUUCUUUUGGUUAAAAAAUACCAAAUUAAUCAUUUCAAAAAUCGCAAAAAAAAAAUAUGGAUUCAAAUAACCCAAAUUAUGAAAGAAAUCUAUGUAAAAAAAAUCCCAAGAAAAAAGUCUUCUAACAAUCAAAGUGCUCAAAUUCAGUAUUAAAAUCCUCCGUUUAAUCCUCCAUUUUUUCAAAUUACUCCAAAUUCUUCUUACUAUAUUCCUCAAAAUAUCCCAAAUUCAUCUUAUUAUGUUCCUCAAAAUACCCAAAAUUUUCAAAUUAUGUUUCACCACCAUCAACAAUCUCACAAUGUCAACUCUAAUAUUGAUAUCUAUUCAACUCCAAUAAGGGGUGAAAGUUUAGACGAAAAUGAGAUGGAGUAUGAUGAUGAUGAUGAUGAUGAUGAUGAAAAUGAAGGAAAUGAUCAAGAUGAUCAAUAUGGUGAAGAUGGAGGAAAUUCUGUUCAUCAUGUUGAUGCUAGUCUUUACACCCAACCAUCAUUUCAAGAUCUAGUUUCACAAUUUGGUUCACCACCGAGCUUCACUCAAUUGGUUCAACCAUCUCAACAGCUACCUAAUAAUAAUGAUGAAGCCUCUAUAACUUCAAAGAAAAGUUGGGAUUUGAUUGAAGAUAUUGCUUUCAUAUGUUUAAUCAUGAACACAAGUACAGAUCCAAUUGUGAGCACCAACCAAAAGAUAAGAAUGAGGUGGCAGAAAGUUAAGGAAGCUUAUGAAGUAGCGAGGAUGGAACAACCCCAUCUGAUCCACGAAGAACCGCCGACCUGCUUAAAUGUCGUUGGGGUAGAGUUGCUCCAGAAUGUUUGAAGUGGUCUGGAAGUUAUGAUGAGACUCUUAGGAGGUAGAAGAGUGGCACGAUGGACGAAGAUGUGCUUAAAGAAGUGCAUUUAAUCCAUUAAAGAAAACACGGUAACUUUAACUUGAUUGAGCAAUAGAAAAUUUUAAAAAAGUAACAAGUGGAAGCAAGUGUUAAAAACUAAUCAAAAAAAAACAAUUGGAUCAACAACCAACUGGUGAUGUUAGUAGUAAAAGUAGUGGGAAAAGAUCAAGGACGGAAGAAGAUUCUGAAACACCAGCAAGUAAACCUCAAGGAGGAUCAUCCACUCGCUCCGAGGGUGUGAAGAAGGCUAAGACUCGCAUGACUGGGAAAGUGGUUGCAGAUCAAUCAAUUCAAGCUUUGAGUGCAUUUGGAGAGAGUCUUCGACUUAAUUCAGAAAUAAUGAAAGAGAAGACAGAAAUUCAAAAACAAAAAGAAGCCUGAAAACAAAAACAACUUCAACUGGAAGAAUAUUGAAUGAAUUGAGAGAUCUAUGAAUCAUUAAGCAAAAAGGAAACUUUUCAGCCAUGGGAAGCUGAUAUGAUGGUUCAACUUGGACAAUACCUUCAGAAUUAUAAUCGUCAGUAGAUAUUUUAAUUAUGUAAUGUCUUAAUUAUGUUUUAAUU